AUGAGCACCGCCGACCCGACGAUCGGCUACGCCUGCUCGUACCAGGACUGCCUCGGCGCCAGCGCCAGCUACAACCGCCCGAGCUCCGGGUUCGCCGGUCGCCCCUCUGCCAUGGCCUGCUGCUUUCCGCCUCCUUCAGGAUCGACACGAGUGGGCUGCUUUGCCAUCGGCGCCAGCGGUGGCUGCUACCUCAAAAAUGCCACCCGCGCGCAGAGGGCAACGACGGGCUCUCCCUACCGCUGGCUUCCUCACCGCAGAGCUGCUUCAAGUCUGGACUCCUCGAUUCUUGCUGGCGUCAGCCGAUUCGGUUUCGACGAGGGAAUGUUGUUUUCUUCCUUCUUCUAUUUGGAUUGA